UGUGUUGUAGUUUGUGAUGGAGCAGGCCUGAUCCAGCAGCCUAUAACAGACCUGCAUGUGUCCACCUAUAGCUCGGUGCUCUCUGUCACACUGCGGUGGGCUGACAAUGACUUGAAUGCUGAUUAUUGUGAAGAUCGACAAAGGACACAAGGAAAGGAGGAGAUGAACCGUUUCCUGAGAGCUGGGGAGAAUAGGGGGCUGCUAACGGACUGCAGGGAGCUGUCACCCAACCACACCGCCUCCACCUCCUCCCCCUCCUCCUCUUCCUCCAGCGCCGCUGGCUCAGCCGACAGACACGCGGCCCUGCCCUCGCUCCAGACCCGGGGACCUGUCGGCGGUGGCGGCGGCGGCGGGUCGGAGCCGAGGAGAUCCGCGUCUAAACGCUGCCGAGCCGUCCGGGAGGGGAGAGAGGAACGUGAGGCGGCGGAUCACUCAGCGGCGGCCGUCGCGGUGCGUGGCGGCGGCGAGUUGUGCGUCGGGGUCGGUAAGCAGCAGCAGCAGCAGCAGCAGCGUCGGGAAGCUCAAGGACGCUGCGCCGGUGGAGAAGGUGUGGAGAUGAUUUCGGCGGUGAGCAGAGACGCGGACGGCGGCGGGAGCGGCAGCAACAUCAACAACGGCGUCUCCGAAGUGACCACGGCCUCUCCUGCGACUUGCGCCAAAGGCAGGGAGGAGAGGAAGGGGAAAAACGUGAUCCGGGGCUGGAAGAGGGAGAGGGACAGGGAGAGGGACGCCGCCGCUACUCCGGCUCCUCCAGCCCGGGCGAGGAAGGAGAAGCCCGGCGAUGGCUCGUCUCCUCCUCCCUCCGUCUUCCUCCCGUCUUCCGCCGCGCCCGAGCAUCAUCUGUGCCGCGACGGCCCCGGACACUGCCACUGCGCCGCGCCGGACUCCAGGAUCGUGGGAGAUAACGGCAACAACGUAAACAAUAACAAUAAUUGCGCGAGUAACGGCGGCGGCGCUGCCAAUAAAGCCGCGCUGGAUUGUGGAGUUAAAAGCGGCGGAGGGGCUAUUGUUGUCAGGCGGCAGCAUGACGACACGCCGGCGGCCAAGAAACACAGAGGAGCCGAGAAGGUGGACCCCAUGUUCACUGUGCCAGCUCCCCCUGCUCCAGGCCACCCCGGGGCCCUCGGACCCUCUCUGCCUUCAGCUCCCUCCUUCUCCCCUCCGGCCCUGCCCACCUCUAACCCCAAGAUGCUGGCAGUGAGGACGAGGUCAAUAGGCACCAACACCCAGGAUGGAGGCGUCUCAGGAGCACUGGAGGGCGACUCGGCCUGUCUGGGGCCCUGCCAGCCCGGCACCAGCGUCAACCUGGAGGGCAUCGUCUGGCACGAGACGGAGGAAGGUGUGCUGGUGGUGAAUGUGACGUGGAGGAAGAGAACCUACGUGGGAACUCUGUUAGACUGCACCAAACAUGACUGGGCUCCUCCAAGCUCUCCCCGUGUAACGGCCCGUCUCCUGCUAUUCUUUCUGUGCUCUGGAGACUGUGCUGGGAGACACAGCAAACCUUCUUGCGACGGCACGUAUGGAUGUGCCAUCCUGGAGAAGCUGGACUACCAGCACGUGAAUGGGCUGCAGGAGGUGAGGGGAUGA